AUGUCUUGGGAAAAUGCAAAGGUUGAAUGUCAGACAGUAGAGGGAUACUUGGUGAAAAUUGAAAAUAGUGAGGAGAACACAUGGAUUAAGUCAAUAGUUAAAGGUGAUAUGUGGAUAGGAUUGAAUGAUCGUCAGACAGAUGGAGAUUGGGUUUGGGAUUCUGAUAAUUCAACACUCACUUAUAACGAUUGGGGCCAUAAUCAACCAGAUUACAAGAGCGAAAACUGUUGUGAUAUGUGGAUAGGAUUGAAUGAUCGUCAGACAGAUGGAGAUUGGGUUUGGGAUUCUGAUAAUUCAACACUCACUUAUAAUGAUUGGGGCCGCCAUAAUCAACCAGAUAACAAAAUUUAA